GCCCGCCUAUAUAUUCUUCGCUGUCACGAAUGGUCCUGCUAACUUUCGACCCCAACGUCCGUCUCGCACCAUGGAAUCCGACUCCCAGAAACGAGUAGCCAUCAUAGGCGGUGGCCAAGCCGGUCUCGUAGCAUACAGGCAUAUGAGCAAGUACCAGAACCUGAAAGCAGUCAUCUUCGAGGCUUCGCCCUCUCUCGGUGGAAUAUGGUCCCCUGACCAUCCUUAUCAUCGUCCACUCAUGACGACCAACAUAUGUCGCCAUACCUGUACCUUUUCUGAUGUCCCUUGGCCAGCGGACGCAGGACGCGAGAGGAAGGACCUCUUCCGGUACUCCGGGGACAUGGGUCACUUCCUUCACGUGUAUGCGCAGACUUAUGUCAACAAAGCGGACGUUAAAUUGAACACCAAAGUCGCCACAGUGGACUAUCAGAAUGACAAGUGGACGGUGAAGAGCGUUUCCACUCACCAGGAUGGCAGCUCCGUUGAACAUGUCGAAGAUUUCCAUUAUCUGAUCAUCGCUACGGGCUUCUUCUCGAGUCCGUUCAUUCCCACUUUGCCAGGCAUAGACAAUUCCCCCGUUCUUGUUGAACACUCAGCUGUGUUCAAAGAUCCCGAUGCGUACUUGGACAAGACCGUUGCCGUGGUGGGUGGGUCACUGUCUGCCGUUGAGAUCGCUGGUGCGCUUUCUCCCUAUGCCCGCAAAAUCCAUCAUAUUGCUCCGAGGCCAUUCUAUGUCUCCCCCCUCUACACGCCAACCAACUCCUCGGCGAUGCCAUCGUUCCUUCCUUGGGAUUUCUUGUCGUACGACAGAGCCAAUCUCAAUGGCCGUCGCACAGAAAUGAUCAAUCCGACCGCCGACGUCAACCACGACAAGCAUAACUACCUUCAGUCAUUGUUUCCGAACAAUCUUCUCCCUUCGUUUAAGGUCGACACCAGCACGCCCCCGCAAGUCGGCAUAUCCGAGCUUUACAGAGGUGGGAUUCAGACGGGGAUCGUGCAGAUCUAUCUCGCGAGACUGGCCGCGAUUGAUACGACGACCGGCGAUUUGGUCCUUUCUACGGAAGAACGUAUAGAUUGUCCAGAUGUUGUCAUCAUGUGCACUGGCUACAACAUCGUGCUACCGUACCUCUCUCAGAGCGCCCGAGAUGCGAUCAGUUUCCAGCCGAAUAAUCGUAGUGUUCCCUUCCUCUCUCAUCGCCUCGUACUGCAUCCUGACUUGCCAAACGCCGGAUUCGUGGGCAUGUAUCGAGGAACGUACUACGGGGUGAUCGAGCUUCAGGCGCGUUACUUGGCCGCGGUAUUAUCUGGAAUCCAGAGCUGGCCUUCGAAAGACGAGAUGAAGAAGGGUGUGGCUUUGGAGGAGAGUGUACGAGAGGCUUCCAGCAAGUCGGGCAUCCAGUUCCCUCAUGGCGACUAUGCUGGCUUGUUCGAGAGCUACGCCGAUCUGCUUGGCAUCCCGAUGUCUGAUGCGACUUACAUGGUGGCUGCGAACUAUCCGCUCGAAGUCACGCGCGGCGUGGAGGAGAUCCGCCUCGAUACUGAAAGCGCCUUCACGCUCAUGAAAUCCAGGACUUGGGUUCGAGGCGCUGUAUUCCGUUCGUGGGCGGGCCGGUGGAAGGUCAAUCGCAAGGUCCGCGGUGCGUCAGAGCCUAGGAUGAACGGCCAGUUUGUGGGCUUUGGCACGUUCCUUAUGCGCCCUGUGACUGCUUCACCGAGUGGACCAGGGGUCAUGACUGAGGCGGUCAUACGCGAAUACCUCUAUCACGAACAAGGAGUCUUCAUAUCGGCGACUGGAGGUUCGGCUGAAGAGCAGCGCAAGGCAGUCUAUCGCUAUGAUCCUGCUAGCGAUACCAUCGCUGUGUGGAGCGUUGUUCGCGACGAUUAUGAACAACGUUCGAAUGAAGGUCAAACGGAUAGCUGGCAACACAACGUCGAGGCUGUCUCGCGCGACCCUCUCGACGAGUCCUGGUCCGCGGAGCAACAUGGUUCGGACGGUUGGUACGCAAUAGGAAGAGGAUCUGAGGCGGCGGUCCUGGCGGGCUACAAGUUCGUCUUUAGUGGCGCAGAGGUGACGCAGUUCAAAGUCAGAGACAUAUUCAGCGGGGGCCUCGUUAGCGAGGCUACGUUUACAAGGCCCUGAACGUUGAACAAUUGGGCUCGUUCUAGUGACGUGACAAUGUAAGACAAUCAUAGUUGUUCAGCUUUUGUGAUGAUAAGUGGGUACACUCAGGUGUACUCACCUUGGUUACAAUUAUUUUGGAUAUCCUCCGUGCUCGUAGUUCUUGGAUUCUGGACUGCUAUCAUUGCCGCUUCAUUCUCUAAAGAACUGCGGCGGAAUCGCGAUUGGCUCCUCUUGAAAGCUGAAGCGCGUCGCCAUCAUAGGCAUCUUCUCAAGCUCUGACUACGUUGAGUAGACUCUUCAUUGUACGCUAGGCGACGGCCAAGCUAGCCUGUGCGGUAUCAGGGUAUCGGGCUGUGGCGCAUCGCGGUCAUGCGCAUACCAAACAACGCGUCAACAACGCGUCCACGAGUGGCUGCAAGCCGCAGCCUGUAAUCACACUUACUGUGUUGUCUUCGAACUCUCAUCCCAUCGAAGUCUUCCAAUGAUGCACGCAAAUAUAUCUAUCAAG